GAAUACCAAGAUGUAUAUAAAGGGGUCCAGACGAUCCCAAUGAUAUCAUCCUUUCACAUCGCCUUCUGCUAUCAGACUCAUAAGGUUUCGACGAACACUGUUGGAAAAGACUCAUCUUCAAGCUCCAUCGAAAUCAUGAUGACUGCAUGUGCAGCUGUAUUCAUUUGUGUGGUGGCUCUCAGUGGAUCCAUCGCAACAGGUUCUUCGGAACUUCAUACUGAUGAGCAUGAGAUGAUUUUAAAAGGCAGGGCUCUUUUGCAAUCUCCUGCACCUGCACCACAACCUGCUGGAAAUUGUACAUUCUUCAAUCGGACCAUCUGUUUGAAUCCUAUUCUCAACCCCGCUGGUGGAAUAGAUUGCUGUGCUGGAAAGUGCGUCAAUCUCGCAACUGACAACAACAAUUGCCUCCUGUGUGGAAAUAAGUGUCCUACGGGAACCACCUGCUGCAGCUCGUUCUGUCUGAAUCUCCAGAACAAUAGUUUCAAUUGCGGCCGUUGUGGUUUGGUUUGUCCCUUCCGCAUCAUACCGUUUCUCCCUCUCUUCCCUGGAAGAUGCGAGAACGGUGUGUGUGUUUAGGACGCAUCAUCGGCUGGACGAAGCUACCUCGUCAAUGGUUUGGAAGUUGUACUGGAUACUGAAGUUGCACUCAUUGUCACCAGAUACUCGACAAAAAGGGAUAGUCAUCUAAACACUAAAUAAUGAUAUCCUAUGCAGCAUUUGAUCAUAAAAUAACUGUGUAGAUGUGAUAGAUGUAAGAUCUAGCUCAUUCAGUAUUUGGCGUUCAUUAACUCCACAACGGAGUCUUGUUUUGAUGGUUCCACAUCAUUAAAAAAUAAGCGAAGCUUGUCUGAUCAGAUUAAAAGCUACCUUGAUCUCCAUUCGUUUUGCGAUAAAUCUGCAAGAAUUUAGACGAUCGCAGAUGUUUUAUUGGAGAGUCUGAGUGUUAGGAUCAAGGAUCUCAAGAUUAAUAAAAAGUUGAAGGUUGGAU